AUGGCGUCCGAUAUUGCAUCUCGCAUCAAGGCGCGGUUGUCAAGGAGGCGACACUCAACAACUCCAUCGUUGGCGUCGUCUCAAAGCGGGCUUGGAGAAGCAUCGGCAUCGUCUGCUCCCAGCCAGAGUAGUCGUGAAGCAUCAUUUGCCUCGCACGCGCAGCUUACGGCCAGCCAGACCAGCGACGAACAAGCGGAAGCAAUUGGCCAUGGAGCUGUCGCCGGACCUACUAGAGAGACCAGCGAAGCGAAUGAGACGAAAAAGCUGCAUGUGAAUAAACGACAGCAACGUCCUGGUCAUAGCGUUGGACAUGAAGGCGACGGGGAGCAUCGUGGUCCACUGUCUCCAGCGGCAAGAGCAACAAGCGAUCAGGACCACAAACAGGGCAGGAGCGAACCAACAAACGCAGGGAACGCUCCAGGCGGCGCAGCAGACAAGAAGCCGCUGGAAGGUCCCCUGGGCGGUUCCCCGGAGGCCGCUGAAACAAGCUCUCCACAGCAGCAAAUACAGGGCCGACCACUGUCACAGCCCCCCGCGCCACGGCCACAUGCACAGAGGUCACUAUCUUUCAUGGGCAACAUUGACGAGGACACGGACUCUGCCCAAAUGCAGGACCCGCCUCGCCAAGCUGUUGUCCACACCCAACAUGAACCUGAACCUGGGCAUGCUGGUCUUUCAUCUCGAUCUCGUCUUCAUCCUCAUCCCCCACAACAACUCGUAAAUCCUGCUCCUCAUUUGCCGCCCACAUCACGAUCGAUCCCGUCGCCAGCGUCGUCCCCAGCACGAGCAUCUCAUAGCUCUCCUCCGACUUCAGUUGACCGUAGCUCCCCCCAACGUGGUGCUGGACGGACUCAUAACUUGCGCCUCUCCGACCUUACCCCGUCGUCAAGCUCAGGAGCCAAGCCGUCCGCUUCUGGCCUGCCACCUCCCACGUAUGGUGGUGACGACCUCGAAGUCGAUCCCCUUCAACGCCCGCCGCAACAUGGCCGUGAACCCGACCAGCUGAGCUUUGCAUCCUCGUCUGCAGUUGCAUCAGCAUCUGCUACCUCAUCAGCCGAUAGCCCUGCGUCCUUCGUUACGGCCGAACCGCAAUCUCCCCGCCGACAGAGCCUUUUUGCCAGCAGGCAAACGAGCUUGAUCAAGACUCUUCUCCGAUCCAGUCAACCACAGGGUGCUGCGGACACAGAGCAUCGACACUCCAUAGAUACCAAUAUGGUGACCCGAAAGAUCUGGGUCAGGCGCCCCAAUGCCUCUGCCACAACAAUCACGAUAAACGAAGAGGACCUGGUCGACGAUGUGCGAGACAUGAUUCUGCGAAAAUAUGCAAACUCGCUGGGCCGAACCUUUGAUGCUCCAGAUCUCGUCAUUCGUAUACACCCUCGAGACCAGGAGAAGGAGCGAGUCCUUGGCCCAGAGGAAGUGAUGGCUCGAACAUUGGAUACUUACUACUCAGGCGGGCAGACGGUUGACGAAGCUCUCACAAUUGAUAUCCCUCGACGAACCCCAAAGGCCUCCCCACGCGUACCGAUGCCACCCGGAACUACAACUACAACCUACUACAUUACCGACGACGGACGGCCCUCAGAAGCCGGCGAGGGUUACUUUCCCCCAGUCAUGACGGUGCCAUCACCACAUGCUGCACAUGCAGUUCCAGUAACAGCGCCCAACGGUACUGUAUCACAUUCGAUCGCUGUCAUAGGAACCGGCCACAUCCCUCCGAUUCCGUCGCCCGGCGGCACCAGAUCACGGCUGUAUAGAGAACGGCCAGAUCGUCCAAGGUUAAAUAGGACCCAUACAUCCUCGCCCACACUUCUGGCCGGCCAUACCCCUGGUCCUCAGACCUCCGGGACCAGCAACCACGGUACGCAGAACUUUGUCCCACGGAUGCCUCAUUCUCGAACUCAUUCAAGCUCUUCAGAUCAUCCGUCCGGACUCCCGACAGUAAAAACCCCAAUGGCCAAGUCACCUGGCCCCGACCCCACCCCCGCCAGAGUUGCCACGCCGCCCCCGCGAACGUCUUCCCCGAGGGCACCCAGCGCUCGCCUGAGACGGAGCAAGAAAAGUUCGGAAUACUCGAAACCGGUCAAUGUCCUGAACGGGAGUGUACCCCCAAUCAAUGUUCUCAUCGUCGAGGACAACCCCAUCAAUCUGAAGCUUUUGGAAGCGUUCGUGAAGAGAUUAAAGGUGCGGUGGCAAACAGCCAUGAAUGGUAAGGAUGCUGUGAAGAAGUGGAGGACCGGCGGAUUCCAUCUUGUCCUGAUGGACAUUCAACUGCCAGUGAUGAACGGCCUUGACGCCACGCGGGAGAUAAGAAGACUUGAAAGGGUCAACUCUAUCGGUGUUUUCACCUCAGCACCUUGCAGUUCGACUGGCAACGAUGAGGACGACAUCAAUGAACAGGAUCGACUGCAGAAUCUUUCCCUUUUCAAGAGCCCAGUCAUUAUUGUGGCCUUGACCGCCAGUUCGCUACAGAGCGACAGACACGAAGCCCUGGCUGCCGGAUGCAACGACUUUUUAACCAAGCCCGUCAACUUUGUGUGGCUUGAACGCAAGGUCAUGGAAUGGGGUUGUAUGCAGGCACUCAUCGACUUUGAUGGCUGGCGUAAGUGGAAGGAAGCGUACUCGCAACAAAACGAAGAGCGAGAGGCUGCCAAGAAGGCCCAGGCAGCUGCAAAGGCCAAAUCAAAAAAGAACCGAGCAUCACUCUCUGCGGCAGCGGAGUAG